AUGUCGGAUUCUGCGCAGGUGUACAUGGAGAAUGUACUCCACAUUACGGGCUACCUACACCGACUGUUGUUCCUGAUGAAAGAACUAGACUUUAAGGAGCACAAGAUAAACAAAUUGAUUCAAGAGAAAGAGGAAAUUUAUUUAGAAAACCUGAACUACCUGUCUAAGAAUAAAAUUGAUAGACAGGGUACCUACUUGACUGGACAAUCGAGCAUGCAGAAUGAGGAUCUCCCGCUUGAGUUCGAAAACCAGAACUGUGAGGCAGAGUGCGCACAAUUGAGUGGGGGAUGCGACGAAAACGACAUGGACCCAUCAGAGGCGCACCCAGUGCGCAUUAAGGAGGAGGAACACUCCGAAGGGGAAGGCAAAAUACGGGCUGUAGACCCUACCAUGGAAAGGUCAUCCCAUGACUGCCAACGGAAUGAUCCCAUGGACUCAGCCCAACGUGAAGGUAACUCGGAUCAUCUCUCCUACGACAAGGAAACACCAGACGAGCAGAGUGGUGAUCUCCCCUUGGAGGCAAAAACGCACAAUGCAGACAUAAGGCCUGUCGUGCGAAAAGGGGUUAAACGGGAAGUACCAACAGAUGAUGAGAAGAAGGGGAAAGCCUCAAACGAGGAAGAUCGUGUAGUACAUAAUGUAGAAAACCUGAAUGGUAACUCUUGUGGGGGCGCAAUCAAAACCACCCUGAAGAGCGAAGACGACCCGAUCACCACCCAAAUAUACAAAAAAAAAAAAAUCACUCAAGACAUGGCCUACGCAAACACAGACGAUGAAGCAAAGAACCAAGUGUGCAGACCCAUACAAAGAUACACCGAAGAAGAAUUAGAAAAUCUCCUGGACGAAAUUAUUAACGAUCGAGAACAGUGUAUGGCCUUACUGAAAGAAAAAAUUUGCAUAAACAACCAGAUAUCUUACCUCAUAAAAACUGAUUUCGAUCGUGUGAAACGUCAACAUGACAAAUUAUUUGUUGAGAUGGAAAUGAAUGGUGAGUCGCCUCCUUACUUGCAAAACACGAGUAGAAACAGGAACGCCCCAUCUGAGUGGGAUCAGCAGGACAACGCCCAUGAAAGGAGUGCUUUCACACAUGAUCAAUUCCUAAACCAUACGCACGGAAACGAUAUUCAUAAUAACGCCGCGAACGCAAGUAGUUCCCAUGUCAGAACUAACCACAACAGGAGCACCCAUCAAUUUGACGCAUACGACAUGGACAAAACAAAAGAUGAUGAUGCAGAUAGCUCCUCCAUCAAAGCCUUUGGGAGAAAGAAUUAUCAAAUGAACGACGAGGAUUACAACCCCUACACUGUGGGCAAAAAUAAAAAAACGAAAAAAUCAAAAAAGAGCCGAGGGGGCGAAAACGCCACCGCCAACACAAGUAAUAAAUUGAAGCUCGCACCAGACAAAGAUGUCUCUCUCGUGGCUGAUCAUGUAAAUGGUAUUCGUGAAAGUGCAGUGCAAGGUGGAGGAAAAAAUACAUCCAAAAACGGAAACAGUAAAAUGCGAAUUCGUCUUUUUUCGGUGAAGAAACACCCGCAAGAGGAGGCCCCCUUGGUUUCGCAAACCGGCCAGGCUGAUGGCACUCCUCCAGAAGACCUAGUUCCCGCAGGGGUGGAAGAGACACCACACUUAUCCACCUCGGAGGGCAAAGCAGAUGUAGCCAAAUCGACCAUCCAUCAAGUAACAAAAACUGAGAACGGAGAUAAGGUCGAAGAAGGUCCAACCCUCCAUGGAGAACAACCCAAUUCGAACAACGACAAAAAAUAG